AUGUCUGACAAGACGUAUGACCAGAUGACCCCCCAAGAGCGGACUGCGUUCGAUUUCGCUGAAAGACAAAGAGAGCAAGCCGAACAAGCCGAACUGCCUUACAAAUGGACACAAGAGCUUGGUACCGCUACUGUCACGGUUCCUUUGCCCGAAGGGACUCGCGGGAAAGACCUGAUCGUGGAGAUCAAGAGGACGACACUCAAGGUACAAUUGAAAAAAGAGGAAGACGCCAUAUUGCAAGGUCAGCUGUUUGCCGACGUAGUCGUUGACGACUGUUCAUGGACCAUCGACUCUUCCAUCCUGACAAUCGAGCUCGAAAAACUCUCCUCCCACAUCGGCAAAUCCCAAUGGUGGCCGCACAUCCUCACCCACCACCCCAAGAUCGAUACCAAAAAGAUCAAACCCGAAAACUCGCAGCUGUCCGACCUGGACCCAGCCACGAGAGGGAUGGUGGAGAAGAUGAUGUUUGAUAAUCGCCAGAAGGCUUUGGGCGGCAAGACGAGCGAUCAGAUCAAGAAGGAGGAGUUGGUGGAAAAGUUUAAGAGGGAGCAUCCCGAGAUGGAUUUUAGUAAUGCCAAGCUGGACUGA